AUGCCUAUCACUCCUUCAGCCGCCGCCGCCACUCCAGCGGCCGCCACCAUCGCCGCCGUGGCUGCCCCUGUUGCUGCAUUCCAAGUCUUCCUCCACCCCAUUCUCCAUCCAAGUCGAGCUCCUCUCUGCCUCUGCUGUCUACUCCAGGUUGAGCUCAUCUGCAUCUCCGGCACAAACAAGUUAAGUGCUCCAUGUACUCUCUUUGAUUUAUGCUCCAGCAUGAUGUCUUCAGCUACAUUUGUUCCUUCCAUAAACCCCAGCAGUAGCCUCAAGUGGAACUCAAGUGACAUUGGGUGGGACUAUGGAGUCCUGGUGGACCCUAACAACCUGAAUGUGAUCAAGUGCAAGUUCUGUGAUCUUGUUGUGAGGGUGGGGAUAUAUAGGUUGAAGCAACAUGUCGGUGGGAUUCGUGGUGAGGUUAGACCUUGCCUCAAGGCACCGCCUGAGGCCAUAGACAAGUGUAAGAAAGCUGUUGAUGACUCGAAACAAGCUAAGAAGUCAAGGCAGGAGGAGAAGCAAGAUGUUAGGGAUGUUGUGAUCCUUGAUGAUGGUCCAGAUGUUGAAGAUACCACCAUCAAUGGAGAAGAGCUUGAUGAUGUUGGAGACUCGACACAGUGCAAGUUGGGGCCUAUGGAUAAGUUUACAUUGCCUAUGGAUUCUAGCUCAUUGAGCAACACAAAACUGGUGAGGCAACAAAGAAUCACUGAAGCAUUAUGGAAAGAGAGAAUGCAUGCCUUGAAGAGAUGUAUUGCAAGAUGGGUGUAUGUGCACGGAAUACCUUUCCAUGCCAUCAACAAUGAAGAGUUUGACCAAUUGCUAGAUGCUGCUGGACGCUUUGGCCCUGGUGGAUAG